CGCCCGUUUCGGUUAGGUCGCUAUAGCAAUGAGGUCAGUGUGAGCCGCCGGCUUCUCUGAUUGGCUGCUUACUGCGGAGCAGCGAGGAAGGUUUCAUUUACACGGAAACCGUACAACGUGUGCCCAACGGAGCAACAUGGCGGCGGAUGAGGAGCGGUUUGAUGCGGUGUUACUUGCUAUGGCUCAGCAGCAUGAGGGGGGCGUGCAGGAGUUAAUAAAUACUUUCUUCAGUUUUCUAAGAAGAAAAACUGAUUUCUUUGUAGGUGGGGACACUGGAGCAGCUGAGAAGUUAAUAACUGAUGCUUUCCGACACCACAAUAAACUUGCCAGUUCAGCAAAGGAACAGAAAGCAGCUGAGCAGCAAGAGCGUAAUGCUGCAAAACGGGAACAAGAGCAAGCAGCUAAACAGAAAGCGAUGGAACCCAGGGAGCCACGAAUCACAGAACUCACUGAGGAAGAGGCUGAAAAACUUCAGAAAGAAAUUGACAAGAACAAAGCUAGAGAGAGAGAACAAGAGAACAUGCAAGGUGACAAUGCGGAGAAACAGAAGGGUGGUGAUGAUGAGGAUAAUGAGGAGGAGGAAGAAGAUGAAAAAGACAAAGGGAAGCUUAAGCCCAAUUCAGGCAAUGGAGCAGACCUUCCUAACUAUCGCUGGACACAGACCCUUUCUGAAGUAGAUUUAGUUAUUCCAUUCCCUGUUUCUUUCCGUCUGAAAAGUAAGGAUGUGGUAGUGGAUAUUCGACGGAGAAAGUUUAGUGUUGGGCUUAAAGGGCAAAAGCCUGUGCUUGAUGGUGAGCUUUACAAUGAAAUCAAGGUAGAAGAGUGUUCCUGGUUAAUAGAAGAUGGCAAGGUGGUGACUGUGCAUCUAGAGAAGAUCAACACUAUGGAAUGGUGGAGUAAUGUUAUCAAGACAGAGCCUGAAAUUAAUACCAAGAAGAUUAAUCCUGAAAACUCUAAGCUCUCUGACUUAGAUGGAGAAACACGCAGUAUGGUAGAAAAAAUGAUGUAUGAUCAGAGGCAGAAAUCAAUGGGCCUUCCUACUUCAGAGGAACAGAAAAAGCAGGACAUCCUGAAAAAGUUCAUGGAACAGCACCCAGAAAUGGAUUUCUCCAAAGCAAAAUUUAGCUAAUCCUUAAAUAUUGAAAUCCUUACGGUUCAUUGGAAGAUCACUUUGGCUGGCUGUAUGCAAGCAAAAUUACAGCAUUAUUUCUUGGCAACAGCAGCAAUCUAUAAUGGCAAUGCCUGUGCAGUACAAUGCAUUGAAGCAGUGUUUUAUGAGGAACAUUGUAUCAAUGUGCUGCCUGUACUGUGCUGUCUGAACAAGUCCUUAAAAAAUCCCAGGUGUAACUGCUUUUAGGUUAAAGUGGUACAGAAGGUGAUGAUGGUUUGAGCUUCUACAUGUUACAUCACAGCUCCAAGGAUGGAUGGAAUGUGGCGAGGCAUGGUGCUGUGCUUUUAAAUAAAAGUGUAUUCAUUUCAUUAUUCAUUGCCUUGUUUUCUUCAUAGUUUUCUUCUUUUUAUGUCUGUUUAGUCUGCUGUGUAAACAGCUACUAAGAAUAAGCCUAGACUUGAAAAUAUUGUAUAAAAGCUGCUGAAUCUAAAA